GUCCCUCUGCUCCAAGCCAAGUUCAAAAAAUUGUUCUUUCGAAAUAAAGACCUUCUCGGUCUCGGUCUCGGUCUCGGUCUCCUGCCACCUGAGAAAUCUCUCUUUGGUUGCAAUGCAGAGGCUUCUCUCACUAAAACUCCUCUCCAAAACCUCCAAAACCCUCUCCAACAACACAACCACAACCUACUCCAUUUAUUCAAAAACAUCUCCUUUUCUCCCCAACACCAAUAGCCCGUCUCCCCAAAACAAUCCAUUCUUCUCCCAGUACACCUCAUGGACCUCGUAUCGACCACACAACAGAGUUUUUUCAAAAGAAAUUUCAAAUGGGUUUUUCUCAAAUCCAUCAAAUUCUACAAAGCUGCUGAUUUUGCGAAAUUCCCCUUCAACGGGCCAAACCAUAGUUACGGGCUUGAGAGCUCAAUUUGCAAGAAGAAACUUUCAUUCUAAUUUUUCCUUUGAUUCCAAUCGCCGUUCCUGGUUCCAACGGCUUACCACAGAUGGUGUGGUUCUGGGACUAAUUUUAACUAAUGUAGCUGUUUUCCUGUUAUGGCGCAUUGCAGACCCAUCAUUUAUGAAGAAGAAUUUUAUGAUUUCUUUGGACAACUUUAGAAGUGGAAGAAUUCACACAAUCAUUACUUCUGCAUUCAGUCAUAUUGACAUCGGGCAUAUUAUCUCUAACAUGGUGGGGCUUUACUUUUUCGGAACAAGUGUGGGAAUCACUUUUGGACCUACGUAUUUGCUGAAACUAUACCUAGCUGGAGCAGUUGGUGGCUCAGUUUUCUAUCUAGUUCACCAUGCUUUGUUGGCCCCAUCCUCCAAGGGAAAACAUAUGUGGAGCUUUGACCCUUCAAAUGUCCCUGGUCUGGGAGCAAGUGGGGCAGUUAAUGCAGUAAUGCUUCUUGAUAUUUUCCUCUUUCCAAAGAAGACUCUCUACUUCGACUUUAUCAUACCAGUUCCUGCAAUCUUAUUGGGAAUCUUUCUUAUUGGAAAAGACAUGCUACGAAUAAUGGAGGGAGACAAUCGAAUCUCUGGAUCUGCUCACUUGGGUGGUGCCACAGUUGCUGCUAUAGCAUGGGCACGAAUCAGAAAUGGCCGUUUCCGGUUUUAAAUUCUCACAUUAGAAAAUCAUUCCAACUUGAUUGCUAACUGUUAAUCUCCCCUAAGUAUAGUAGGAUUAUUACUUUUCGGAGUAUAAGUUGAAGCAUCACUUCUGCAUAUGUUUAACGCUGCAAGGAAAUGAAGAAUGCUGUUUAGUUUGAUAUCAGAUAUUGUUGCUUCGGAUGAUAGCCUAGUAUUUAAAAACUUUUACUUUUGGCAUUUCUUCAAACUCUGAAAAGAGAAGGGAAAGAGACACGUUCUGCGAAUAGAUUGUGGGUUAAAUGACGAUUUACCCAAGCAUUUCUUGAUCUUUUUCUUGAUAAGAAAAAUGUUUCUGAAUGGAAACUAAUUGGGAAGCCAUGUGUUUU